AUGAAAGUGUUAGACAAUAGCGUUACCGAUAACGGUAGUACUAGAAGAAGAUCAACGUUUUACGUUCCUUUAACGGAAACCGUGUCGAACAACAAUCAAGAAAAUAAAAAUUCAUCAAUGAAAAAAUCAUUUGUUGAUAAUAAAAAUAAUCUCACGGGUUUUUCACCGUUUUGGAAAACUCCGAAAAAAUCAUUUUCACCGCCUACGGUGAAAAAUCAAGAAGGAAGCGGAACGACGUUGAAAAAAAUCCCGUUGACGAAUUCACUUUCCGUGGAUUCAUCCUCCGGUGGAAAGUUAAUUAACAAUAAAAUAAUUCAACCAACUCCGGGGAUUUUAAGAGGAGGGAUACCAGGUGGUGGUAAAAUAACUCAUUUGCAAAAACCUCAACAAAAACCAUCAUCGAAGGCGGUCGAUACGGCGAAAUUGUUGAAAACAUCAUCCGUGUCCGUUCCCUCAUUGGAUAACACGUUCGCACUUUCGGUCGUUAAAAACUCUUCAACGAGCACUCAGAGUUUAGAAACUCUCGUCGUUGGCGGUGGUGGUGGUGGCAGCGGCGGCGUGACGGAAGUUCACGUUGAAAAACAACCGACUACGAAAACGACGAAUUUGUUUUUGUACAAGAAAGCGAAUCAGAACAAAGUGACGCGUUCUCCGUCUCAGACUUUGACGGUUGAAAAUCUCGUAAAAAAAGUUACGUUGUCGAAUUCGAACGUUAUGACGACGACGCCGACCAUAUCCCAACUUCAAACUCCUCCGAAAGAUUUUGGAAAAUUUUUGAACGUGCCUCAAAUAACUUUGGAAUCCGAAGACACGGACGAUUCGGAGGGUUUUAAAAAAAAUUUCGAAGAAAGUAAAAAUUUGUCGUCAUUUAAAUGCGUCGGAGGAGACGAAUACAAUAAUGGCGGUGGCGGUGGUGACGACGACGACGACGACGACUGCGGAAUGCAUUCAGUAACGAUCCUUCGCCUAAUACUGACGGCUCUUGCUCUGCCACUCUACACACGUACUAAAACGAGUAUCGAUUAA